CACUCCCCUCCGAGGCUGCUCUCCGGCCCGCGCUCAGCUCUCGCCCUCUCUCUCUUUCCCCGUGUGUGGAGCGGCAGCAAUGGCGGCGGAGCAGCAGCAGUUUUACCUGCUUUUGGGCAAUCUACUCAGCCCGGACAACGGCACGAGGAAGCAGGCCGAGGAAACUUAUGACAGUAUCCCUGGUCCAUCCAAGAUCACUUUCCUAUUGCACUCCAUCAGAAAUGCAGGUGCUGCUGAGGAGGCAAGACAAAUGGCAGCUGUUCUUUUGCGGCGGCUGUUAUCUUCCUCCUUUGAAGAAGUCUAUCCGUCACUCCCUGCCGAGGUCCAGGAUGCAAUCAAAAGUGAACUGCUGCUUGUCAUUCAGUUGGAAGCUCAGUCUAACAUGAGAAAAAAGAUCUGCGACAUCGUUGCAGAGUUGGCUAGAAAUUUAAUUGAUGAUGAUGGCAAUAACCAGUGGCCUGAAGCUUUAAAGUUCCUGUUUGAUUCUGUGAGCUCUCAAGAUGUUGGACUUCGUGAAGCUGCCCUUCACAUUUUCUGGAAUUUUCCAGGAAUAUUUGGAAAUCAGCAACAACAUUACCUAGAUGUCAUCAAAAGAAUGCUUGUGCAGUGCAUGCAAGACCAGAAUACCCCUGUGAUCAGGACCUUGUCUGCCAGGGCCGCUGGCGCAUUUAUACUAGCCAAUGAACACAACGUCCCUCUGUUGAAACAUUUUGCAGACUUGUUACCUGGAAUCUUACAGGCUGUUAACGAGUCCUGUUAUCAGAAUGACGACUCUGUCCUGAAAUCGUUGGUUGAAAUUGCAGACACUGUUCCAAAGUUUUUGAGACCACAUUUGGAGGCAACCUUGCAGCUGAGCUUAAAGCUUUGUGCAGACAGCAGUUUGAACAAUAUGCAGAGACAACUGGCCCUUGAAGUUAUUGUGACCCUUUCUGAAACAGCAGCGGCAAUGCUGAGAAAACAUACCAACAUUGUUGCACAGGCCAUUCCACAGAUGUUGGCGAUGAUGGUGGAUUUAGAAGAAGAUGAUGACUGGCCAAAUGCAGAUGAAUUGGAAGAUGAUGAUUUUGACAGCAAUGCAGUAGCUGGUGAAAGUGCUUUGGACAGAAUGGCCUGCGGUCUGGGUGGAAAAAUUGUUCUUCCCAUGAUUAAGGAACACAUAAUGCAAAUGCUUCAAAACCCUGACUGGAAGUAUAGGCAUGCUGGUCUCAUGGCAUUAUCUGCCAUUGGUGAAGGUUGUCACCAACAAAUGGAGGGUAUCCUUAAUGAGAUGGUCAACUUUGUGUUACUUUUCCUACAAGACCCUCAUCCAAGAGUGCGUUAUGCUGCCUGUAAUGCUAUUGGGCAGAUGGCAACUGACUUUGCACCAGCUUUCCAGAAGAAGUUUCAUGAGAAGGUCAUUGCAAGCCUGCUGCAGACCAUGGAGGACCAAGCCAACCCACGUGUCCAGGCUCAUGCAGCGGCUGCUCUUAUCAACUUUACUGAAGAUUGUCCAAAGUCACUUCUCAUUCCUUAUCUGGAUAACCUAGUUAAGCAUUUACACACGACCAUGGUGGUCAAACUGCAAGAACUGAUACAGAAGGGCACCAAACUGGUCCUGGAGCAGGUUGUGACCUCCAUAGCCUCUGUAGCAGACACAGCAGAGGAGAAAUUUGUACCCUACUAUGACUUGUUCAUGCCCUCUCUAAAACACAUAGUGGAAAACGCUGUGCAGAAGGAGCUCCGACUUCUGAGAGGAAAAACCAUAGAGUGCAUUAGUCUGAUUGGUCUUGCUGUUGGGAAGGAAAAGUUCAUGCAAGACGCAUCAGAUGUUAUGCAACUGCUGCUAAAGACACAAACCGACUUCAGUGACUUGGAAGAUGAUGAUCCGCAGAUAUCAUAUAUGAUCUCAGCAUGGGCACGAAUGUGCAAGAUUCUGGGCAAGGAGUUCCAGCAGUACCUUCCUGUGGUUAUGGGGCCUUUAAUGAAAACCGCAUCUAUUAAACCUGAAGUGGCUCUUCUUGACACGCAAGAUAUGGAGAGUAUGAGUGAGGAUGAUGGCUGGGAAUUUGUCAACCUUGGUGACCAGCAAAGUUUUGGCAUUAAGACUGCUGGACUUGAAGAAAAAGCCACAGCCUGUCAGAUGUUGGUUUGUUAUGCCAAGGAACUGAAAGAGGGAUUUGCCGAUUACACAGAACAAGUUGUGAAGCUUAUGGUCCCGUUGCUUAAAUUCUAUUUCCAUGAUGGUGUUCGGGUUGCUGCUGCUGAGUCGAUGCCUCUGCUUUUGGAGUGUGCCAGGGUGCGUGGCCCAGAGUAUUUGACACAGAUGUGGCAUUUUAUGUGUGAUGCUCUGAUUAAGGGGAUCGGGACAGAGCCGGAUUCAGAUGUGCUGUCAGAAAUAAUGCAUUCUUUUGCCAAGUGCAUUGAAGUAAUGGGAGAUGGAUGCUUAAACAACGAACACUUUGAGGAACUUGGGGGUAUACUUAAAGGCAAGCUAGAAGAGCACUUUAAAAAUCAAGAGCUUCGGCAAGUGAAAAGACAAGACGAAGACUAUGACGAAGAAGUUGAGGAGUCCUUACAAGAUGAAGAUGAUAAUGAUGUUUACAUCUUGACUAAAGUGUCAGACAUUUUGCACUCAAUAUUCAGUAGCUACAAGGAAAAAGUUUUACCAUGGUUUGAGCAGUUGUUGCCAUUGAUUGUAAAUUUAAUUUGCCCUCAUAGACCUUGGCCGGAUAGGCAGUGGGGUCUCUGCAUCUUUGAUGAUGUAAUUGAACAUUGUAGUCCUUCUUCCUUUAAAUAUGCUGAGUACUUCCUGAGGCCCCUGUUGCAGUCUAUCUGUGAUAACAGCCCCGAGGUUCGACAAGCAGCUGCUUAUGGAGUUGGUGUGAUGGCACAGUUUGGAGGUGACAACUAUCGUCCUUUCUGUACAGAAGCUCUUCCUCUUCUUGUUGGGGUUAUCCAGGCUGCUGACUCAAAAACCAAAGAAAACGUAAAUGCAACAGAAAACUGCAUCUCCGCAGUCGGAAAAUUCAUGAAGUUCCGAUCUGAUUGUAUUAAUGUCGAGGAGGUGCUACCCCAUUGGCUGUCAUGGCUGCCCCUUCAUGAGGACAAAGAAGAAGCUGUUCACACAUUUAACUUCCUGUGUGACCUAAUUGAAAGUAACAAUCCAAUUGUACUAGGACCCAACAAUUCAAACUUGCCUAAAAUAUUUAGUAUUAUAGCAGAUGGCGUGGUCCAUGAAUCUAUUAAGAAAGAAGACAUAUGUGGCAAACGGCUUGUUAAUGUAGUUCGACAAGUUCAGGCUUCAGGAGGACUGUUUACAGAAUGUGUAUCACAACUGAAUGCGGCCCAGCAGAAAGCAUUGCAGGACCUGCUUAGCACUGUGUGAAGGCCUCUUGCUACCAUGAAUUAGGACAACUUAACAUCAAAUAAACGUACCUCUUCUGUUUAGGUUUCUUUGUUUUGUUUUGAGAGCAGUAGUGCUUUAUAGGCCAUUUUUUCUGCAGGCCAUAUAACGGGGCUGGGAGAAAAGCACUGUAUCCCAGACGGAGAGAUGUUAAAUGGAUACUUCCCAACAAGAAUGACGAUUCCUGCAGAUCUACAAACUCAGAAAGAAUUAUUUUUUUCUAUCCUAUGUCUACUCUCCUUUCACUUCUGUGACUAGGACGAAGAGGCUUUAAAUUGUCUCAAAUGCCAUUGAAUUAGGCGUCUGUGUGCUAUAGGAAGGUCUUUAUACAAAUGGACCUUUAAUCCCACACAAUGAAGGGCCAAUAAGGGAUACCACUCACCCCGUUCUGGAGACAGUUGUUUGAGAAGCUUAUUAGUUGCACAAUACGAUGUUAUAAUCGUCAAGACAGAUUUUAUCUUCAACAGAGUGUUAACCCAACUCUGCACUAAGUGCAGGAUAGAAAGAAAAUGUUAUGCCCUAUGAAAUCCAAACCCAAAGGCUUUAGAAAAAGGAAGCUUCCAUGAAGUCCAUUUUGACAUCAAUAUAUUUUGAGUUUUUUGUGUUUUUAUUCCACCCCUCUGACACAGAAGAUGUAUGGAUUGAUACAGGAAAAUCAUUUAGUUUCAGACCCUUGAAUGUGAAAUGUCUUUUGGCAUGUCUGGCAAUACCACCUUCACUCUUCAAUAAACAAUAUUGAAAUAA